AUGCUCACUGGUGGAAACAGCCUUUUAGCUCCAGUUAUAAAAGCCGAGGGUCCAUUCCCACUAGGGCCUUUCCCCAGACACACCUGGAUCCACCACAACACUCCCCAGGACAGCUUGGACAAGGCCUGCCACGAGAUCUGGAAACGCGUUCAAAGCCUCUCGGAAGAGCUCCGGCCCGCGGCGCAGCCGUCCCCACCGCAGCCUGCCUCCUACUCCAGCCUCACCGAGGUCCUCAAGAGGGAGGGCAUCAACUCCCAGAGCGAAAACCAGUUCUUAGAUGAAACAGAGGGCCUUGAAAGCAUAUACAGAACAAUGAUUGGAAACAGAGAAAGGGAAAUGAAACUAAGAGCUCUCUGUGAUGCUCAGCUUUCUGCAAAACCCAUCAGCACUGGGACUCUGUGUUCACCAAAAACCCACAAGAACUCAAAAGGUCUGGAGGAUGGAAGUGCACCAGGCCCCCAAGGCAGYGAGGGCAGCAGGGCAGCGCUGCCAUUUGUGCCCACACACACGGACAUGGCCAAGAGUCCAGACAACCAAGAAACAAAGGUGCUCAAGGAGCUCAUACAGAACAGCGUGCUCAGCCCUGCCAGGAGCAGCGGAGCCGGGCCACCCUCAGCGGCGGCAGCAGAGAGUCCAGCCGCAGGACAGAAGCAGCAGCUCCCAGUGUUUGCCAAGAUUUGCUCCAAAACUGACUCCGAGGUAGCCACAGAGGCACUGCAGGCCCCAGUACCUACUGGCGCACUGGAUAGAAAAAAUAAAUACAACAUGAAYACUUUUGUUCCACGCUUUUCUGCUAAUUCAACAACAUUAAAUCAGCCAAUGUGGUUGAGUCUGAGCUUCCCUCCACCUCCUGUCUUCCCAAAUCAAUCAAACUUUCCUCAGUUCCAGGGCCUGUAUCAUCAAAGAGCAAGGAUCCCGUAUCAUCAAGCUUUGCACCCUUCUUUUGGAUGCUAUUCCAGACAGGUAACUCCCUACAAUCCACAGCAGAUUUUCCGGYCGCCCUACGCUCCUUUGCUGAACUACAUCCCCCUGGUCCAGCCCGGUUACUCAUACCCACAGAGGACGGCACCCAAACUCCCCAGCAACAUGCGGGAUCCAGCAGCCAUGGCAGGCGACGGGCCACAGUUUCCAUUUCCUCCUUCCUACGGGUUUAGUUCUACACCUGCAGGAGCUAUGAGGACUAACCCCUACUACUCUUCCAGCGGGAGCUGUGUAAACUUUUAA